AUGCCCCAAGAAGCCCACCACUGCGGAUACCCUGCUGUGGUCAUCGAUCACCCUCAAGCCACGACCAACUCACUGGUCCCUGGGCACGAGCCGAAAGCUAGCUGGCCCUGCGCCAUCCCCAUGACCCCUGUAGGCCUCACUGGCCUGUUUUUAAGAGGAGAUCGCCAGGCCUUCCUUCCAGUCUUAGUCUGGAAUCUGCUUCAAAACCCGUUCAGCAUCGCAGAUAUUGACAAGCCGGUGGUGGCUGUCCUGGACAUUGGGUCUCUGAGAAUCAAGCCCAGGUCUCUUGCAGAGAAGGAGCCUCUUGGAUCGGAAGAUAUGAAAGUGAUUUCAUCCCUAGCCAUCUCACAGCUCACGGAUGAGAAGGAGCCGAGAAGAGGGGUGGCCGUGGUGCCCGCCCGGCGUGCCCUUGCCCAGUCCAGCAUGCACCAUCGGACGCCAUGCCUGGCUGGUCACAGCGGUGUGGACAUCCACAGGGCGCUGUCCAUCCUUCCCAGCAGGUUGGGGACACAGAUACCUGCCCACGUGCCAGGACCCAGGGCCGAGUGGCCACCACAGGAGAAAAUCCCCUGGAGGGAACCCCACCGAGGAUUUGCGUCCAUCACUGUCACGGCCAGGCGUGUGGGGCCCCCAGCCAGCACGCUGCUGUGGAAGGACAUGAGGAAUCCAUUGUGUCGCCAGUGCCCAGCAGGGGACACCCAGCUCAUGGACCCAUCUCCUCUGGCCAGGGCUGCCGGAGAUCCCUGCAGACCCCUGGCACACACAGCCUUCUCCAGAACUGGCUCCGCAGUGCAGCUCAGGGUCCCCGAGGCCCAGCCAUGGGCGUGUGAGGAACGUGUGUGCUGGGUCUCCAGGGGACCCAGCGGGGAGAACAGCUUUUCUCCGGGCAGCCUACCCGCAGGGAAGGGCCCACUGAUGUUCAGCUCUUGUGUCCACCUCCGGGUGUCUCAGCCGUGCUCCAGUUCCAUGUACUACCUGGACAAGUCACUCUCGGUCCCCAUCGAGCCACCUGUGGUGGCCAGCCCCCAGGUGCACAGGUCUGUCCUGUCUCUGCACCUGAACUGCAGUUCCCAUACGGCACCACCAGAGGGAGACGACGGCCUGGCUAACCAGAAGCCAAUGGGCAGCGCCCUGGGGUCUGCGGUCACACUGGAAAAGCAGAGGCUUGUAGGCCCCAGCUGGACUCCAGGGCUGAGGGACAGCUACCAGGAGGGACACCCAGCAUGGACGCAGGCACACCUCGGGGACAGCACGUGUCCCUGGAGCAGCCCACCAGCCUUGGAAAAAACAGGACUCACGGGCCUGGGCACUGACCGUACCACCGUGAGAGAAGGGAGUGGGGACCACAGGCCCAGCCACCACGCCGGCCAUGCUGGUCAGCUGACUAUCCACAUCCCAGGCUGGAGCUUUGCAGCAGACACAAAAGUAUUUUCUGGAAGCAAGAAGCAACAAAGAGAGCCUCGCAUGACUCUGUCUGCUCCUCCGGUGGAACGGAAGCCUGUAAAAGAUUUCCUUCCCAAUGGGGGCAGCUCGCCAAAAGGGGCCCAUCAGUCUGGCACCCCGUCUGAGCCCACAGAGAGUCAGCAUCAAAGCUUCCCAGGACCCAGAGCCCCUCAGGCUGGGUUCCUCUCUUCCCUAGAAGAUGAGCGCGUACCUCAGCAGGACAUCAGGGGUGUCCAGGUACAGAGAGAGUGCCCUGAAGGGGCCUACACAUGCUGUGACCUGACUGUAAACAUAAAGGACUGCAAGAAGGGUGAGGAGGUGCCUGCGCCCCAGCCCUCGUCAGCUCCCCCGGACACAGAUCCCCCAGGACCAGUGGUCCCCGAGGAGCAAGACAUCCUGGGCCUGUUGGAAGACCACUGUGAAUCUCAGCAGGCACCAGGCAGCAGCCUGACCUUGCAGGAAGCACUAGAAGCCCACAAGCCGCAGUUCAUCUCCCGCUCACAAGAACGUCUCAAGAAGCUGGAGCACAUGGUGGAACAGAGGAAGGCCCAGCAGGCCGAGAGCCAGACGCCCAGGCAGAGCCUGCAGCCGCCCCGAGCCAACCGGAAGCAGUUCACCGUCCCCCAUCCUCUUAGUGAUAACCUGUUCAAGCCCAAAGAAAGGUGCAUUUCAGAGAAGGAGAUGUACACACGGUCUAAAAGAAUCUAUAAUAACCUGCCAGAAGUUAAAAAGAAGAAAGAAGAGCAAAAGAAAAGGGUGAUCUUACAGAGUAACAGACUGCGAGCCGAAGUCUUCAAAAAGCAACUUCUGGACCAGCUCCUUCAGAGGAACGCCGUGUGA